AUGUGGCCCUCAGCUUCGCUACUCCCUCUUCUCGCGGCGUCUGUACUUGCGGCGCCCACGCCGCAAGCAGACACCGCCGCCUGUCCCACGUCCUCCUUCGCCCUCUUCUUCGGGCCAUCGCUCUCCGACGGCCGGGAAGCAUAUGCCUGGAACGACCUCACCAACUGGAUCCGCGCCAUUACAACCCUCGACAUCGACACCCCCGAGCGCGCGACCUUCCAGGUCAUCAGCAACCGCCUGUACCCCGUCGUUAACAGCACCAUCUUCGCCACCGUCGAGACCGGAGGAGGGGUCAUCGAGUUCUCCGCGGCCGAGAGCGACACCCGUGCUGCCAUAAACGCCGAGGUUGUCCCCGGCACCGACGGCAAGUGUCGCCUCUCCCUGACGUCUGGCGCGAAUAAGUAUGUCUCAAUGCAGAAUUAUAAGGGCUGGAUGCACCUCACCUCUGAUCCCGAGUACUCCUCGCGGUGGUGGGGAGAAGGGCCGUUCGAGAUGGUGCCGUUCCCUGCUGCCGUUGCUGCCCGUCAGCAAGAGUAG